GCCCAGAACUCGCUUGGCAGACACAGCCGGCAGAGUUGGGCCAGAUCUGCCGAUCUUCUCCGCUGUGCCGCCUGUGCCUGUGCUGUGCUGUGCUGUGCUUUGUUCUUUCCUUUUCCUUUUUUCCCUUUUUUCCCCAUCUUCUUCCUUGAUUUGUCUUGCCGGAAAAGUGGACUGGUUAUUUUGCUCGAGCUCACUGUUUGACGAAGAAGCAGCUGAAAGGAGAAGGUAAAAGAAAGCUAAUGGCAGGCGAAGAAGUAGUACCAGAACCGAGUAUGUCUUCGCCAUCGCUGGAGGACAGGCCUGGAAUCCUGAUCAUCGGUCCUUCCGCCGUCGGCAAACGCACCCUCCUCUCCCGUUUGCUUUCGCUGGAUCUCGAAGAUGAUCCCGAUCCCGAUUCCGAUUCACAAUUACUCAUCCGCGGGUGGACAAUCAACACUAAGUACUACUCCGCCGAUGUAUCCGUAUGGGUUACUCAUCUCACCGACGGAUUCCGAAUCGAGAACCUCCCGUCUCGCCGCCGAUUGGCCGCCGUCAUCAUGGUUUUCGACGCUACUGAUGUCAGUCUUCUUUUCCCCUUCCAUUUCAAUUGGGCUGUUCGUUCAGCAUCUAUUUGCUAUCUUAAUCUCGUUUUUGUGCAGCUCUCGUCGCUUGCUGCAGUUCAGGAAUGGGUAUCUCGCACCGAUAUCCACGAGUACGAGAUACUGUUAUGCGUAGGGAACAAAGUGGAUCUUGUUCCGGGCCAUCCAGUCCACCAAGAAUACAGAAGGCGGUUGCUGCGGCGGCAGCAAAAGCUCGAGCUUGAGCAGUGUGCAUCUGAUGAGUUUGGAAUCUCUGAAACAGAAGGUGCCAAUUUGUUAGGCAACAAUGUAGAAGAAGAAGAAGAAGAGGUAGUAGAAGAAGAAGAUCAGUCGUUUCAGAUCAGAAGGUCAUGUAUUGAGUGGUGCACUGAUCGGAAUAUUGAGUACAUUGAAGCUUGCGCUUCCAAUCCCGAAUUCGACAAAUGUCUGUCUGUUGAUGGCGAUAGUCAAGGGAUGGAACGAAUCUUUGGUGCACUUUCUGCUCAUAUGUGGCCUGGAAUGGUUUUGAAAUCUGGAAAUAAAAUGGCUGAACAACCAAUACCUGAGGAAGAAGACUUAUCGGAGGAGUCGGAUUACGAAUUAGAAUACGAGGUGCUAUCCGCAGGUUCUGCAGAACCGUGGGAUGAUACCAGAUGGGUUUCUGCCAGCACUACGACUUCCACUCCUAGUGAAGGGGAAUCUAAUGCACACGAAAAACAUGUUGUUGCCGGACUUAGCAAUGGGAACAAAGAAAGUUCUAGUACUGCAUCAAAUGCUGGAGGUGUCAUGGGGACUCACCCUGAGGACGGAGAACAGGGUUAUGAAGGAAAUCUGCUGUCGUCGUCUGCUCAAAGAGAGGAAUCAUCAGAGGACGACAAAGGAGCAGUGCGAAAUGCUGAAGUAUCGGAAGCAAAUGGUGAGGUUGAACCAUUCGACUUUGAGGACUUGGAAAAGCUGAUGUUUGAAAUCGGUAACAUAAGGGAUGGGUUAAGAUUGAUGCCUGAUGUACAGAGAAGGGAAAUGGCUGCAAAUCUGGCAAUGAAAAUGGCUUCCAUGUUUGGAGGCGGCAGUGAUGAUGAGGAGCCUGAUGGAUUUGAAUAAUUUCAUUAAUUUCAAGCUGUAGGUGAAAAGAGAUUUGUAAAGUUAUGUGCUUCAAUUUUCAGAUUUUCUCCCUGGUAUCGCAUCUCUGAGUUGAUGAACAAGCUACUGAAUCAUUAUAUGACGGUUUUUACGGGUUUGAUAAUACUUAUAAACGGAAGUGCACGCAUGCCACUAGCGUAGCAUGUGCUUCAUUUUUCUCAUGGCACUGACUGACAUUCUUCUCGUACAGUUGCUUCAUGAUUGCACCUCCAGUCUGUUGGUGGUUCUUCGUAGUCUUUUUGAUCGACAAUGAAAUU